GCGGGGCGUCGCGGGGAAGUCUCUGUCAGGGUCGCAGAAAGCCGGUGCUUCUCGCAAGCCUUCUCUCUUCUCCCCUUUUCGGGUCACUUUCGCCGGAGAGGCUUCCUCUGGAGCUAACAUGUCGUCUGAUUCAGAAGUUUCUUACUCUAGCACUGUGGAGGAGAGCGGAAGUUCAAAAUUUAUCAAAAAGUCCAAAGAGUCUCCGUUUGUUCCUAUUGGCAUUGCAGGUUUUCUAGCCGUUGCAGCCUAUGGGAUCUAUAAAGCAAGGCAGAGAGGAGACACCAAACUGUCCGUGCACUUGAUUCACACGCGUGUGGCGGCGCAGGGCUUUGUUGUUGGGGCCAUGACUUGUGGUGUGGCUUACGCCAUGCUUCGAGAGUACUGGGCCAAACCCAAGGCCUAGGAAGGGGGCCCGUUGAUCAGAGAAGCUCCGGUGUGCGCUGUUGUUCUUAUGUACUCCAAGGGUAGACCUCACAUGGAAAUGCUGCUACAGUGCGAUGGAGGGCAUGAUUUUCACGUUGUGCAUGAAACGCACAGUGUCGAGUUCUGUGUUGCCUGUGUUCCCCUAGAUAGUUUCUCUGUUUCAAGAGAGGCCAUAAAUGCUUUUUAAUAUAUAUAUAUAUGUAUAAAGCAGAGAACAACACUUUUCAGCACGCAUACACGGCACCUGUGAAGGAGUGGUUCAGAAUUUCACCUUGAGAAAUUGGUUGUGGCUUGAAAAGACAAGCAAGGAAAGGGGCGAAGGAGGGAACAUGCCAUGCUCCGUAAGAACAACAAGAGCGAUCGUUUCUCUUAUUUUUUUUAAACUCCCAUUGAACAAACCUUGCAGAACAUUAACUUGUUAACAUAUGAGCCUUAUCCAUUGAUUAAGCUUUUUUAAAAUCUUUCAUUGUUACAGUUUUAAGUGUGGAGGUUUCAAACCUUUGAGCAAGCACCUUAAAUAUCUCAAAUACACCUCACUUUUGUGGUGUGUGAUGUCAUGUUUCUAUUAAGGGCUCACGUAGCGAUAAUUUGGGGGUGUUGUUGCAAGACCUUAUACUCCAGAGGGGGAGAAAAUGUGGCCCUCCAGAUCUCCUCAGAGCCCUCGUUUGCACGCACUGGCAUUCAGUGACCGCUGUAGGGUCUCCCUUUCUCCCUCUCUGUUGUACUCGGAAAAUUCUAGCAGCAAAACAAUUGCCAAGACCAUUGAAGCAGUAGAUUGCGCCAGGUAAACAGCCAAAGGCCAUCUUUACCUAAUGCCCCCCAAAGGCUAGCUUGCAGGCAAGUCGGAAGGGACGCAAUGGCACAAAACAAAGUUAGCCAAAAUGCAUUGCUCCCGGCUUGGUCGCCUCCCCUCCGUGGAUGUGCGGUCUUCAGAGGUUGUGAUCCGACUGCAUGCCACAGAGGCGCAGUGGGAGACGAGCUCUCGCCUGCCCUUCUGCUUGAGGAGAGGCUUAGGCAGAGCCUGGCCAUGCAAAGAGUUGGAGUCGAGCAAAGCUACCCAGGACCUCACUGUUUUCUGAGCAAAUUGGCCUCUGGAUCAAUCCGAGGUCUUCCUUGUGGCAGAAGCAUUUUAAAAAAAUGUGUCCAGGGCCCAACUCGCACUUGGUGUAUUCCCCCUCACUUCCCUCAAUCAUGCAGUGUAGCCCUUUGUUAACACUCUGACAACUAGUAGACGAGCUUUCAACCGGGGCUACAGUGGAAUUGAACAUCUGUAGAGUUUUCAUCAACCUGCCUGCACUUCUUUGGUUUUUUGUGGUGCUGUGAGAGUCGGUGAUCACUGGAGUGUAACCCUAACCCCUGAUUCCGAUUUCAUUAAAUAAUACGUACGUAAGAACAA